GUCAAGACCACAACACUCCUCGGAGGUCAGAGGUUCCACUUCCUGUUCGGCGGUAAAGCGUGUUCUGGUUUGUGAGCCGCUAACGUUUCAGUGACGAAACGAAGGAAUCGAACAUCUAACCAACGGGACACGCGUUUGAACCGAAUUAAAGAUGAGUUUGCCUCUGAACCCGAAGCCCUUCCUGAACGGCCUCACAGGCAAACCCGUGAUGGUGAAGCUGAAGUGGGGGAUGGAGUACAAGGGCUACCUGGUGUCUGUGGAUGGAUACAUGAAUAUGCAGCUGGCAAACACGGAGGAGUACGUGGACGGAGCAUUGGCAGGUCACCUCGGUGAAGUGCUCAUCAGGUGCAAUAAUGUUCUGUACAUCAGAGGUGUAGAAGAAGAAGAGGAGGACGGAGAAAUGAGGGAGUGAUGUUGGCGUCUGGGGGCGACUGCUCCUCGUAGAGUCGAGUUAAUCUGUUCGUGUUUUCACCAUGUGAAACAUUGGGGGGGCGGGGGGGUCAGGAAGGGGUGUUGCUUUUCAAGCAGUUUUGAAAAUGCUGUUCUUUUCUUUUUUUUACUGUAUAUGAAUUUUAUGUUGUGACUUUGUGAUACAGACACAAUAAAGUGAUUAUUGUACCAUUUCUUAAA